AUGCACGCCAGUUCAAGGCCAAUUCGGAGCUUGAGACGACUACUGCUUAAGUGUCCCACCACCCGCGGAUCUUCACCGUCGCCCCCGUCCUGCUCGGCAGGGAUCAAAGAAUAUCUAGUGGCAUUGCGCUCCGAUGAUCGGCCUCGAGCAUACCGGGCGAGAACACCCAGGAAGCAUGGCUAUUACGACCGUAACUGCUGCUCUACUCAGCUUCACACUUCAAAGCUCGCCCCGCCUUCACCCGUCAUCUCUCGUCGAUCAUUCUCCCAGCAAGCCAUUCGCACCAUGAGUUCAGCACCGGACGCAACAAGGGACGUGGAUCCCCGCUACCAACAGCUCUUCACCGAGCUGGAACAGCGCUUCGCAUCAACCUCUCUCGGCCCGGACAAAUGGUACAUUCUCGCCAUCUCCACGCUCGCGGCCAGUCCGGACCCUGAGCGCGCAGAUCAACUCUACCUUCAUCUCUGCGCCCAGCCCAACAACACCACCCCGUCUGCCCGACAAGCCCUCGUCCGUCGGCUCCGCGAAGCCCUGAUUAAAUCCGUCCCCAUCGUCGGCGUCUGCAAACCCAUCGAAGCCAUCCUCUCCAUCGGCAAGAUCGAACGCGACGAGGACAAAGAUUACUCCUUCACCCGCGAGGGCUGGCAGUGCGAUCAGGCAAACCACGAGCGCGGCACGGCGUGGAUGCAGAAGCUUUAUACGCGUGAUCGGACCGGCACGGUGAAUCUCUUUGCGGCGCAUCAGGAUUUCAAGUGGCUCUCCGAGGAGAUCACGUAUGGCUUGUAUUUGUCGGAUCGCCAGGUGCUGGAUGAUGUAGAUACGCAGCUGGUGGUGUUGCCGGGGAUUAUGAGCCAGAAUUUGCCCAAUGAGACCCAUUGGCAUAUUCGGGGCACCAGGCGGUUGGGCGUGCCCAAGGAGGAAGUCCAGGUCAUUUGGGAUUGUGUGCAGCUGGUUGCGAAGUUUUUUGAUGUUACGCUGAACAAGGUGCCUACUGUUGAUCAGGUGGAACCUGAUGUGUAG